AUGAGUGUGUACGAGCAGAACCAGCUAGCGACAAAGACGUCAGUUAUACUCAGCAAGCCAAAUGACUGGGAGAUAUGGCUGUUUGUGAAAAAGGACAUAGCAGACAGGCACGAGCUGUGGCCAUACAUCAACCCAAGUCUGCCAGCAGACAAGCUACUACAGCUCAAGCACGAAAAGCCAAAAGAGAAGCCUGUGUGGAAAUUCAAAAGGACACAGCUAUCACAAGAAGAGAGGGAGGAAAUCGACAUUCAGGACCUGAUUGAUCAAGAGCUAUCAGCCUACAACACGUGGACAAGGAAGUAUGAGCGUGAAGCAACAGUAUGGCGGCAGAAAGAGAACGCCAUGAGAGACCUCAAUACUGAGAUUGUCAAAACAGUUGACGUUAAGCAUCUGAACUUGAUCAUCAACUGCUCAGACCCAUACAGUCGAUUGACAACGCUCAAGAAGCACCUCUGCCCACCAGUAGACAAGAGGAAUCCCCUACGCAGCCGUUAUCAAGCGGUGUGCACAAGGCCAAAGAAGGCUAGCUUGGACGCUUGGCUUGAUGAGUGGGUAACAGUCACUAGACUGCUACAGGAAGCUAGAAUGCCAGAAGUAGAUGGCAACCGAGCGCAGAAGGACUUCAUACUGUCAACCAGGAGGCUAGAUGACAGCUGGGUAGCUGCAAGGCUGCAUAAGCUGAUAACAAAGGACUAA